UUAGGCUUAAAUUGUUAUCAGAUCAGAUGCUCGUAUCUGUAACAAUGGCUGUCGCAAUUGAAGAGUCAGAACCUUUCCGAAAGGUGGAAAUAGUGGCAGAUGGAGGCAAUUAUGCGCCUGAUGUGCGAAAAAUUCGCAAAGAAAAGAUUCCUGCGAUUGGCUGUAUUUCUCUCAAGUCUGCAAAAAGAUUUUUGCUUUUUUUUGAUUUGGCAAAUCAAGCUGUCAAUGACUAUUUACUGAGCUUAUCCAGUGCCGGUGAAUUUAAUCCGGAAAUCCCUGAUCAGGAACCACCGACUUUCUUGGACAUUCAGUCCCUUACAAAACUAUAUACUGGGACUGGAGAUUUGCCUCCUGGGAAUAUGAUAAACACUCUUAUGAGACAAUCAAACGUCAAACUAAGUCCUUAUGUCAAUUCCAUUCAAAAACAACAGUUCAGUAAUUCCGAAAUAUUUGCUAUGGCAUUGUUUCCUGGAGCGAAAUCUAAAUAUUCUCAGCUAAUCAUUCAGCUGCAAGCACUUGGCCCCCAUUUCUCUCAGAAGAUCUGUGAAUGGAUUCUUUGUCUUUUUAAAUUAAUGAUGCAGAAUCUGGGAAACUGCGCAUCAGUCAUUUCCCCUGGAAUUAUGACUAUUGUUGAAGAGUGUAAAGGAGAACCAUUCAGUCAAUGGAUCGAGAAUAAUGCUUUUACAUUUUUAUGCGUUCAAGGUAGGGAUAGUCAAGAUACAUCCUUGAACAUGCUUUGCCAACAACAAGUGGGGUCAGAAUUUUUCCAACAUCCGAUAACAUCGAGGCGAGAUUGUCCCUUAGCUCGAGGAGAAGAAUGUGGCAACAUUCCAAUACAGAGUUUAUUCGGGAAGUCAGAGCAAUUAAAAACACAGGGACAGGAGGAGGUUCUGCAGCAGAAAGAUCCAAAUACUGGAAAAGUUCUACGGACUGUGAGAUAUCCCGCAGAUUUACCAGAGCGGAUUAGACAGACUGGUGGUAUAUUUGAAAUUGGACCUAAUAAUACAAUAAGAAUACAAACCGGUCCAGGACAAAAUACUGGAAAUGUUGGCGCACAUGUGGCUCGAGCACCCCAACCUAUAAGAUGGAGAAUGGCAAAUGUUAUUUCCUCUGAUCACAGAAGAUUUUUAACUAACUUACAUUUGCACAGAGAACUUGACAGACUUGCAUCAUUUGCUCGAUGGCCUGUUGGUCAGCCCAAUGUGUCACCGACUGCUCUUGCAAGAACAGGAUUCUUUUAUCUUGGUGACAUGGACAGAACUCAGUGUUUCUCAUGCGGAGGAGUUUUGAGGAAUUGGACCGUUGAAGAUGACGCAUUAGCAGAACAUCGUUCACAUUUCCCCAAUUGCAAAAUGGUACUUGGAACCGAACAUCGAAAUAACCCAGUCAAUAAGUUUGCAGACCCACCUGCAGAUCGUGCAAUAAAUUAUCCCUGCAGAUUCCCAUCCAAUCCACACAUGAGAAAUGAGGUUGCAAGACAAGCUACUUUUGAUCAUCGAUGGUCGGUGGGAAGAACAGCUGCAACUCCGUCAGAAAUAUCACAAGCUGGAUUCUUCUUUCUUGGAGAACGUGACCGUGUCAAAUGUUGGUAUUGCAAUGGUGGUCUUCAAAAUUGGGAAUAUGACGACAUACCAUGGAACGAACAUGCAAAAUGGUUUCCAACAUGUCAGUUCUUAUUGCAAGUAAAAGGACAACAUUUUGUGUAUCGGCAAUCAACAAUGAACCAUCAUCUUGCUCGACCGAUUAUUACAAAACAAGAUGGAGCGACCGUUGACCCCGGCGACGUUGGAGGUGGAUCGAGUCAAGGAAAUGUUGAUACACUACCUAGUGGUCCAAUAGACAGACAACCUGAACCAACACCAGAGAUCAUUGAUCCACAGUUUCAGGCUGAAAUGAGAAAACGCAAAGAAAGAGUGAAAACUACCACGGAGAAAUCAGAUCUUGUGAAAAAUAUUUUACUGAUGGGAUUUGAUAAAAAAGUUGUUGCAGCUCUCCUUGAAGAUAACAUCGAAAGUGGGAACGUUGCAAAUCCUGAUGAUAUUUAUGAUUCUAUGUCAAGCUUACUUGAUGAUGUCACGAAGAAAGAAAAAGAAAUCGAAGAAGAGGAGUGCCAGAUGCAGGCUGCUGCCCAGAUACCUGCAGUGAGAAAUAAACAACCGAGCAAGACGGAAAAAGAGAGAAUGUGUAAAAUUUGCUUCAGUAAUCCAGCUGAUAUGGCUUUUAUUUCUUGUUCUCAUAUGAUUUGUUGCAUGGAGUGUACGCAAGCAAUCAAACAGUGCCCCAUUUGUCGAAAAAAGAUAGAGAAAACGAUCAAAUCUGAGGAAGCAACGAUUACUGAACCUACCAUGUUUAUUAAAGAGAAGCCCCCCUCACAAAAUUAUGCACCAGCGCCAUCCGGUGGUGAGGAAAAUGAUGAAAAUUUGCCACCAGAGGAGAAUGAAGACAGCCCCGACGAAGAAGAAGGAGCUGUGGCAGCUCCAAAUGUGGUUGUUGUGCCACCACAGCACAAAAACCCAGCAGGUAGCAUAGGUCAGCGUGAGGGUUUAAUAAACCCAUGGCCUCCUGAAAGUGAUGUGAUGCUAGGAGCGAACUACCAACAGCCAGCGCCAUCUGUUGAGGGAAACGAGGAAAACCCCCCACCAGAGAAUAUUGAAGGCAGCCCUGAAGAAGAAGAAGUUGUAGCAGUUGCAGAGGUUGUUGUUCCACCAGAUGAACCAUGUAGCAUAGGUCAGCGUGAGGGUUUAAUAAACCCAUGGCCUCCCGAAAGUGAUGUGAUGCCAGGAGCGAACUACCAACAGCCAGUGCCAUCUGUUGAGGGAAACGAGGAAAACCCCCCACCAGAGAAUAUUGAAGGCAGCCCUGAAGAAGAAGAAGUUGUAGCAGUUGCAGAGGUUGUUGUUCCACCAGAUGAACCAUGUGGCCAAGUUCAGCCUGAGGUUUUCAUAGAUCCAGUGCCCCCAGAAAUGGAUGUGAUCCCCCCUGAAUCAAACUACCAACAACCUCCCCAGCAUCCAGCUCCUAUUCCGUAUGAAGCAAAACUUACAUCCUUACAGAACAAUCCUCAUUUUCGCAAUAACCUCACACCAACCCCACAUGAAUUUGCUCGAGCUGGCUUUUAUGGCGAAGGAAAUCAAAUUACUUGUGCUGAAUGCGGUUCACAGCACCCGUUAGAUCAUCUUGUGAACAGACCUUCAAAAAACAUCGUUUGGCAUCUAGACAACUGUCCAUUCUAUAAUCGAAGAAGGCCCUGUGGCUAUUGCACACCGAAUAGCAUUGGGGAACACUCUUUAGAUGAGUGUGUCAAGUGCAGUCAACUACCAGAAAUAAUGAUGGCGUUCAGUGAGCUGGAAGAAUACUUCCAACAAGAUCCAGAAAUGCCACAAGAAGCUGAUAUUCGAGCUUUUGCGGACCUACAGUGUGUCAUAUGCCACAACGCCAUUCCCAAUCGUCAGAAUCAGGAUGUCUGCCUGGUAUGCUCUGGAGUAGUUUGUGAGGACUGUGUGGAUGCAUACCAUGGACAUUAGCAAUCGCAGUGUUCCAAUUAUGUCUGAGAUGCCAAGGAUCUGAUUUCUAUGCUGUUUUUAUAGAGCAAUAGAAACUCUUUGAGAAAUAGGACAAACUGAAAACUUUUCUGAGUGAUUUAAGAGUCUUGCUGCACACGAACACAAAUAUAUAUAUAUAUAUAUAUGAUACGUCUUCCUCCACCAUCAAUCCAUGCCUCCGACAAACAAAUAACUAACUAAUUCCAUACCCGACUAGGUAUAGUAACCGGACGAGAGGCCGUGGUUCGCCAUAUGGAUAAGCCUUUGAUAAGAUUUUGAAUACAAACCCCUUUGUGUUUUGAGAUUUUUUAGUUUCAAUCGAAAAUUGGAAAAUAGUCAAAGCCGAAAAUAAUGACUAUGAUUUUCAGAAAUUUGAAGAUAUGACAUAAUCUUAUGUCCAAAUUCCAAUAGGAAUGUUUCGCAAG